AUGGCAUCGGAUCAUAUUGAAGCUGACAAUGCAGAAGCCAUAAUUGCGAGAAUCGAACACAAGUCCCGCAAGAUUGAGAGCUUACUCAAACAGAAUAAACCUGUCGAAGCCCUUAAGACAGCUCUUGAAGGAUCGCAUCAGAAGACCAAAGAUGAGAGGUGUAAGUCUGCAAAUUGGAUAGUGGUGCACAGAGCAAUAAUGGCUAUCAGAGAUGUGGACAGCUUGUUCUUUGCCUUGGAUCCUGAAUACUAUGACAUUCUAAUGAAGUAUCUGUACAGAGGUCUUUCUACAGGAGAUCGCCCAACUUGUGAGCAAUGUUUGCGCAUUCAUGAGAAAUUAACAGAAAAGGCUGGCCUGGGCUGCAUAUUGCGUUCUCUCUCAGAUACCAUUAAUACCAGUAUUGUGGAAAUCUAUUUCUUCCCAGCUUUGAAGAACACUGGUGGUCUUGCUAUGGUAAUUAUCGGCGUCCUAAGGAAGUUGGCUAUAUUAACUGCUGGCUGGGCCUUCACACAUCUCAUUAAGAUUUAUCAUGAGGAGCAUCACAAAGUGUUUGGUGGUUUUGUUCAUCAUGGGCACCUUAUGAAGAGUUAUUCUUGA